AUGAACGACGCUCCUUCGCUCGCAAUUGAUCGCUUGCGGUCUUCCAAUUGGAGUGGUUCGAUACCUAUCCUAUUGAGUCUCGCACCAAACUCGUUAUCGUCACCAACAAUUCCACCACCAAUUCAUGUGCUUCUUUCUAGGCAUACCUUCCUCCACAUUGGACUGCAAGAAGCGGUUCUACAUUUGCACAAAUUUGCGCCUCCUACCAUAUCCUUUACGAGACGAGUUGUGGAAGAAUCAGAUCUUAAUUCCGAUGAUGAUGAUGAUGAUGAUGAUGAUGAUAAAGCAGGAGAUGGCAAAUCAGUAGAAAAGGAGGAUGCUAAGAUACAGGAACAACAACCGAUGGAGGCCCCGUACCCAGUCUGUUGGUUCGAGGAUGAAACGACAGGGUUACCAUUGCGAUGGCAAUAUUUCGUAGGUAUUUUAUGGGAUAGCCAUCAAAGUACUACACAGAAAAAUGGCAUGCCGUGGAAAAUAAGGCUACAUUUCACCGCAUACCCGUCCAGUCAACUGUUGGAAUUGGAUGCACAAUCCGGAGUGAUCACCACAGUACAACGAACAUUCAAAAAUGCUUUGAAACAGGCGCUAGUUUUGGAACAUGGCCACGCAAAAGUUGCGCUGAAUAUGAACAAGCAAAAUCACCAACGCAUGUGGGGUGCGAUAGUCAACUCCAAGUAUUCGAUCUACAAGCCGAUCAAAGAAGACAUUCAGUCGACUAAAAACCCAGUCAUGAUUCCCAUACGGCUAAUGAUUGGUCCUUCAAAACCACCAAUACAAAAGAAGUGGGAUGAUCCGUCCAUGACUCUCGGGCAAUUUCUAGUGUCAUUUGCACCGAGCUAUUUUGAAGCUACAGCACCAGGCGAUGUUGUUCAAGCAAAACUGCAAAUAACUUCUUGGCGGGUAGCCGGCAUUGUUCCUUCUCUUACCACUCCAUUACUGGAUCUGUGGAGAACGCUAUGUCAUCCAGACAACUUUUUGUACAUUAUGGUCAUUACAGAUUGA